UUUGUUCUUCCUUGAUGAAGCUUCUUCCUAUCUGAUUUGAUUUCUGUUUUUCUCUUGGGGCUAUUGCUCCUUCUCUCAACAUCAGCUCGGCAAGUAGCAGCAAAGAUCGUGUCACCAAUGGCCUCUUCAAAAAGAAGACGACGAUGAGGCUGACUCAUGUUUGCUCAUUAGCUAUUAGAUACAGAAAUCGCAGAAAUCGUCAAACCGGUACCUUCACUACUUGUAGCUUGUAGAUUGUAGCUUGUAGACUACGGGAACUAUGAGACCCUUGUCUUGGAAUGCAGUGCUGCUGGCAGCCAGCACCUUGUUGGCGACCAGAGAAACUCAAGGGUUUUGCCCAUCGCUAUCCCCCAGCACAACUAGUGUUCGCGGCUGCACGUCGCUUGGAGUGUCCUCCUUGUCGUCCGAGAUCGUUUUGCUGUCCUACGAUGGAACUGUCGCGGAAACCACGGAUUGGAGAAUAGACCAAGGCAUUGACUUGGCAUUGUCGGUAUGGCCACGACUCAAGAAACUCAGUGUCAUUGCAGGGGAUGAUGAUAAUGAUGAUGAUGAUGAUGAUUUUGUCAGCGACAGUGACACGAACAUGGAAUGGCUGAGAAACAAAAUGAGAGCUGUGUCCGAUGUGAUGGUGUCGCGUCCCGCUGUAAGCAUGUCGUGUGACUAUGCCUUGCUCGCACGGUUACUCAUCGAGGAGCAACAAUUGGAUCGAGGCCGUUCCAAUGGCUGCUCGGGAAAGUAUGGCUCCAAAUUUCAUCCUCGAGAAACGUCUUCUUCCUCCUCGCCGCUUGGAGCCAGCAGGCCUCUGACUGUGGGAGAAAUCUCUGCCAAUUGGAACAAGGGCGGUUGCUUGGCAGAAACCCUUCAAGUCAAGUAUCAUAUCGACUUUGAGAACCCACUCCCAGUUCUGCAAGAUCGCAUUGCUCAGCUUGACAAGGAAAAGCAAUACAAAGUUCCUGAAAUGAACAAAGCCAUAUUGGAUGCCCUGGAACAUUCUUGUGGAAACAUCAUUGUGACGGUUGGUCAUGAAUCUGAUAUGGAAAUGGCCAAAAAGACACUCUCCUUCAUGAACAUUCCUCUCUCUACUGUCACCCCAGACAAUGACUCGUUGCGACAAAGUCUGGACACUUCUAGAGAAAACGAUGAAAGCAUCAAGCUCCUAGCAGUUUCUACCACUCACGCAUCAAUCUACAGAGAUGUUUUGCGGAUGGCUCAUUUUGGAUCCACCGUUUACAUAUUCGAGAGCUCUUGGCACGCCCUGAAACAAGGGAUAUCUCUCUUCGGGGACAAUAUACCGCGACGGGGAAGCGGCAUGGCCGAGACAAUCAUUGGAAAAGGUAUCAACCUAUCCCUCAAUCUGCCAAAGUGGUCAUCUUCCGUGGAAGGCGAUAUCAAUCAACAAAACGAGGCCACGAUGAAUGCCUGGACCAAUCUUGUGGAGGAAAUCGACUGUGCCGAACUCCUGUCAGCUAGAAUCGUACCGUCCCCGGCUGCUGUUCGACGAUACCGGUAAUGGAAUGAAACUCUUUCGUAGCUACUGCUACUCUUCUUGAAUAAGUAACAUCGAACCCGCUCGAUGGAAACGAACUUUGCGGCCAAUAACUCUACUAGAGGGUUUAUUUUGAUCUGCUGCUUUUAAGCCAGCCAGUUAUGGCGACGCAAAGCCACUUGCUUGUAGAAGUGGCCAUUCCCCACGACGUCACAAAUAACCACUGGUAGCACAUCCAUACCGGUGCCGCCAAAGCAAUAGUCCGACAUGUCUGGUGGCACAGCCCAAAGCGAAGACAUGGACAGGGAAUGUCGGGCGACAAGCAACCUCAGCAAUGGUACCAGGGGCACACAUGUCAGCCUAAUGAAGCAGCAAGCCCGGGGACUGGAGCAAGAGCGAUGGCAGCCGAUACAGAAACAGAUCGGUAUCUGUCAGGGGCCAGAGGUAGGAGAAGCCUCGCCCCUCAAGUGUGGUCUCUGUAGACUACCGACGUCGCAGGCUAACGAAACAGAGCAUGGUCGUUGUUGAUGCAGCAAGUCCAAACUAUCAUAUCACGGGUCAAACACUUGCACAGCGCAUCCUGAAGCAGCCCCAUGAAUACCGGACCGGACCGGGCCGGACCUUGAUGUACAUGUAGAAUCAUCAGCGGACGUUCCGUCAGGUCGAUCUUGCGACCUCGUACCCGUACAUCCAGAUCAUACGAUUUUAGCAAAAAGUGACUGAAUUAAUUAGGUUUUAAUCAGCACAAACUGCGGAAUCGCUAAAACACGAGCUUUCACUCUGUGGUAACUUUUCGGUUGUUUGACUUUUUCAUCCCCCUUGGGAAUCAUCAGUGCUUGGGCUAUUGUGGUACUUAUGAAAUCGAGGUUUAUGUGGGCAUGCUCCGUAUAUUUCGUUGCAGGAGUUGAUCAGCUUUUCUGGCGAUUCUCUGGAUCGUUUCAGUAUCUCGAGUCGCUCCCUGUUGCAUAGGCUGCAGUGUCGUGUCCCGAAGGUCUUGACAGUGCUGAUGGGCCAGAUGUGACAAGGUUGACGGAGGCAAAAGAAUGAAUCCUACGGAACUGUGGCUGCUUCAUCAUCAUCUGCAUCAUAGCCGGAGCCAAAGCAAAUGAAACAAGCGUGCAAGAAGCCCUGGCUAAAAGAUAAUAACAGUCGUACUUUUUUUCAAA